AUGUUUGAGCUAGACAUUUCAUCCGGAAAAUUUCGAGCAAGACUAGUGAUUUCUUCAGAGAGAAAAGACACCUUUCUGCUGGAAAAUCAUAUUGAACUAUCCGCUUUAGAUGAAGUUACUACAAAGCUUGCUAAAAAUCUAUUCGAUGAUGAAUCACCCGUAAAUGAUAUUUAUUUAGAAAUCCAAUAUUCGAAAAUUAAAAUAACCAUUGAAAAGGAAACAAUAAAACCAUCUGAAGCGUUAAUAGAUAAAGUGGAGGAGGCAUUAAAAGAUAAUAAUCCCUAUCACGAAUUAGUUAAAGUGUUUAGAUCUUAUGGAUAUGUUGUACCUAAAAAAGUUAUUCUUGGAAAUAAAAUAUACCGAAUGACUUGUUUAACUGCGAAUGAAGAAUCAUUAGAACCAACCAUCUGGUCAACUGAAUGGACCGAAAAUUUUACAAAAGAGAUAUACAAUGAAAUUUGUCGAUGGGAAAAUUUAAUAAAGCCACAUCGUAUUGACGAAACUUAUUUAAUGUCAAUAAAUGGAGAUAUAACUAUGAAAGAUGACAUUGAAAAAUGGAUGAGAAGUUGUUCAGAAAGUUGUGAAAAUUCACUAAUACCCAUAUCUUGGUGUGAACUGUAUCCAUUAUAUGAAAUAUUUGAAAAGGACCUUCGUCAAAAAGUCAAAUCCGUUUUGGGAAUAAAUGAUCAAUCGGAAAUCUUUAUUAGAGAAAAAGUGCUAAUGACAGGAUCGAUUUUAAUCGAAGAUGGUGCAUAUUAUUAUCGCGUAACCUUUCCAACUAUUUUGAAUUCUAAUAAAUAUCAAAUAUUUGGAAAACUUAUGACACAGGAUGGAAUGCCAAUUGAUAAAACGGUUGUUAAAUUUAAAUCUAUGGAUAUACGUGGGUUUGCCGCGAAAAUUGAGAACUUUAACACAACUGAUGAAAAACUUACUGUGAAUUCACAAAUUACUUGGUUAAUGAUUGGAAUACCUGGUGAAGUUGGAUUCUUCAGUACAAAUACACGAGACAUCAUUAUAUUGAAUUCUGGUACCGAUCAAUGUCCUCCAAAUUUGAAUACAACAGUAAAACUUUCAGAAUCUUUACAUCCAAAUUCAAUUAUUGUCACUUCAUUCAUAUAUCCAUCAUUAAACAAUGAGCCAAAUUUUGUAGUUAAAUUUCCGUACUACCAUAAAAAUAAUGAGAUUGAGCUUAAAAUAUGUGACUACAGUUCUUUACUUCAAAAUGAUACUGAUAGCGAGCUUUCUAAUAGUGAUGAUGAAUUUGAAAAUUUUAAAGUCUCAAUCCAAUGGUUUAUUCUUCUCUUUCCUGAAAAUUUUGAAUUUAUUGGGGGCGAUAUUGACCCUGAUUCUACUGUAAAGACGAUUCAUUUGAAGGCUAUAGGAAUCAAUAAUCAAUCAGAAAUAUUUAAGCAUGACUUAAUUAAAUUUAUCAAUGGGCAAGAAACCCAUUUUUUUGCAAAUUCUUCAGCGAGUGAUUUUAGUGUACGACCUUCAAACAACAGUUCACCCGGAAAAUUUCGAGCAAGACUAGUGAUUUCUACAAAGAAAAAAGACAUCUUUCUGCUGGAAAAUCAUAUCGAACUAUCCGCUUUAGAUGAAAUUACUACAAAAUUUGCCAAAAAUUUAUUCAAUGGUGAAUCACCUGUAAAUGUUAUCUAUUUGGAAAUCCAAUAUUCGAAAAUUGAAAUGACCAUUGAAAAGGGAACAAUAAAACCAUCUGAAGCAUUAAUAGCUAACGUAAUGGAGGCGUUAAAGCAUCAUAACCCUCAUCACGAAUUAAUUAAAGUAUUUAGAUCUUAUGGACACUUUAUACCUAAAAAGGUUGUUCUUGGAAAUAAAAUAUACCGAAUGACUUGCUUAAUUACAAAUGAAAAGUCAUUAGAACCAAGCAUCCGGACAACUGAAUGGACCAAAAACUUUAUGAAAGAUACAUAUGAUGAUAUUUUGCGUCAAUGGGAAAAUUUUAUAAACCCAUAUAGUAUCGAUAAAACUUAUUUAAUGUCAAUAAAUGGAGAUAUAAUUAUGAAAGAUGACAUUGAAAAAUGGAUGAGAAGUUGUUUAGAAAAUUAUGAAAAUUCACUAAAACCCAUAUUAUGGUAUGAACUGUAUCCAUUAUAUGAAAUAUUUGAAAAGGACCUUCGUCAAAAAGUCAAAUCCGUUUUGGGAAUCAAUGAUCAAGCAGAAAACUUUAUCAGUGAAAAAGUGCUAAUGACAGGAUCGAUUUUAAUCGAAGAUGGUGCAUAUUAUUAUCGUGUAACCUUUCCAACUAUUUUGAAUUCUAAUAAAUAUCAAAUAUUUGGAAAACUUAUGACACAACAUGGAAUGCCACUUGACAAAGCGGUUGUUAAGUUUAAAUCCAUGGACAUACGUGGGUUUUCCGCAAAAAUCGAGAACUUUAACACAACCGAAGAAAAUCUUUUUGUGAAUUCACAAAUUACUUGGUUAAUGAUUGGAAUACCUGGUGAAGUUGGAUUCUUCAGCACAAAUACACGAGACAUUAUUAUAUUGAAUUCUGGUACCAAUCAAUGUCCUCUAAAUUUGAAUGUCACUGUAAAAGUUCCAGAACCUUUACAUCCAAAUUCAAUUAUUGCCACUUCAUUUAUAUAUCCAUCAUUAAACAAUGAGCCAAAUUUCGUAGCAAAAUUUCAGUACUAUCAUAAUAACGAGAUUAAGCUUAAGAUAUAUGAUUACAGUUCCUCAUUUCAAAACGAUACAGACAGUGAACUUUAUAAGAAUGACGAUGAAUUUGAGAAAUUUGAAGUCUCAAUCCGAUGGUACAUUCUUCAUUUUCCAGAAAAUUUUGAACUUAACGCAGGUGACGUUCCUCCUGAUUCCUGCAUAGAAAAAAUUCAUUUGAGGGCUAUAGGUCAAAAAAUCGAAGAAUUAAGUAUAGUUAAAAUGAUAGGAUUUAAUCGUGGUUUGCUUGUUAACGCACACAAAAUAGAUUUUGCAGAUUCCUCUGCAUGCAUCUUUGAAUCACAACCCGAAAUAAAUGCUAUCAACAGUUUAGAAGUAAGACUAUCAUCUAAUUCAAAAAGAGAUUGUUUUUUAUUAAAGAAUUGUAUUGAGCGAUCUGCUAUUGAUUUAAACAACAUUGACUGGAUUUCUGGUACUGAUAUUGAGAACAAUCCUUUGACUGAUACAUACACAUCAGACUCAUAUGAUGUCUAUAUCGAAACACGAUAUUCGCAAAUUGAAUUAAUUUUUAAAAAGGAAUCAAUUAAGCCAUCUUCGACAUUGAUAAUUGAAGCAAAAAAAGCAUUGGAACAUCAUAAUCCUUAUUGCGAAUUAAUUAAUGUAUUUAGAAAAUAUGGACACUUUUUACCCCAAAAAGUCAUUCUUGGACAUAGUCUAUGUUUAUACGCUGGUACAAAAACAGACCCGAAUUUUCAAAAUGAUUGGAAGGAAAUUAAUGACUUUGCUAAAAGUGAAUUUAAUGAUAUUUUGAAACAAUGGGAAAAUUUAAUAAAUCCAUAUAAUAUUGAUACGUUAUUAUCAGUUGACGGAAUCACAUUUACAAAAGAUGACCUAUAUAAAUGGUUAGACUCUUGUUUAAUAAAUGUGUCAUUACAGAUAGUCAGCUGGUCUAAUUUAUAUCCAAUAUAUGAAAUCUUUGAGAAUUUUGAUAAGCGCAUUUAUCAUGAAACCAAAUCUAUUAUUGAAAAUAAAGAACAAGUGCUUAUGGCAGAUGUUAUAUCAAUUAAUAAUUCUGCCAAUUUAUAUACCGUAAAAUUUCCUAUUCAUCUGCAUUCUGACGACUAUAAAAUUUUUGGAAAGGUUACAUCACAAUAUUAUGAGCCAAUUGAUGAAGUAAUUGUUAAGUUCAAAGACAUGAAUGCAUUAGGAUUCAUAGCAGUAGCCGAAAACCUUAAUAAGAUUAACAAAGAAACACCCAUGAAUAUGCAAAUAACCUGGAUUUUGAUUGGAAUACCCUCUAAAGUCGGCUUUUUCAGUAUUAAUACGCGAAAUGUAAACAUAUUGAGUUCAGGCAACUAUCAAUUUGUAGUACCUCAAGACAUUAACAUCUAUGUACCAAAAAAUCUACCGACAAAUGCAAUUCUUGCUACUUCAUUCAAAUAUCCUCCAUCAGAUAACAAAUCAUAUUUCUCAGCCAGCAUUCAAAAUUAUAAAAAUAAUGACAUUAACAUCAAUAUAAUCGAGGAAGAUAGCGAAGAUUGGAAAGAUUUAGAAUAUUCUAACGCCGAAUUGGCUUGUGAAAAUAAAGAAAAAUAUUCUAUUAAAAGUGAUAUUAAAAAUGAUAUUAAAAAUGAUAUUAAAAAUAAUAUUAAAAAAGAUAUUGAAAAUAAUAAUGAUGAGCAUUCUAAUAAAAAUAAUAUUAAUGACAAUGGAGAAUAUUCCAACAAAAAUUAUAUUGAAGAUAAUAGUAGUGAAAAGUUUAACAAAAAUGAUAUUACAGAAGAUGAUUCUGCAAGCAAUAAUUUAAUGAAAGAUGAAGAGAUUUUUAUUGACGACGAUAUAGAUUUGGGGGGUCUUAGUUUUGAUAAUGAAGAUAAGAUGAUAAACAUUAAUUAUAAAGCUUAUGGAAAAACUCCAGUCAAUAAAUUAAAAUACUCUGUUCAAUUUCAAUGGUGCAUUCUUCUUCCGGAAAUUUUAAAAUUUAAUGAAGCAGACUCGUCUAAAACGAUUGAUUUGAAUGCAAUAGGCCAGAAUGUUUAUUCAAAAAAUAUGAUCGAAAUAGGUAAGAUAUAUAUUUAA